AUGAUGACUGAUGUAUACCUGUGUCCUAGUUGCACCAUGCAGUCAGACGAGGACAGUGGACUGAGGGACCUGGAGGCCCGGCUGGUCAGUAAAGAGAGGGAGUUAAAGGAGCUCCAGGCAGUGAGAGUCCAUCAACUGGAGUCUUCCCUCAUAAAGGCCCAGAAGGAGUGCUCCUCCCUGAGAGAACACUACAAGCAGCUGAGGGAGGAUUUCCUCUUUAACCUGGCCAUCCUGGAUGAACGGGACAGAGAGCUGGACAAGUAUGAUGCCAUAACUGCCAGAGCUCUGGCUAGAGAUCACAACAGGCAAGCAGAGCUGAACCAACACCAAAUGCAGAUUGCCAAGAUGGAGGAGCAGAGAGCCAGAGAGGCUGAGGAAAGACAGGAGGAGCUCAGUAAAUAUCGCCACAAUGCUUUCCAGCACAGACUACAGCUGGACAAGCUCAAACGCUUGAUGGCUGCUGAAAUAAAAAAACAAAUGAAGGAGUAUGACCAAAUGAAAUUGGAUUUACAGCACAGGAUAAGAGAUGUGGAAGGACAGCUGGCCCGACAGAGACAGCAGGAGAUGACUGCUGCUUUUGACAGUGAGCUCAGACAGCAGGAACACGAGUUCAACGUGAAAAUGGACGAGAUGCGUGCUGUGGUGCUGUCUCAUGAGAUCAAAGUGAAGCUACUGUGUAAAGAGACUGAAGUUCACUGCCAGGCUCAGCUUCAGGCCACACAGGCUCUCAAGGCAUCCAAGGAGCUCUGUCAGCAGAUGAAGACCCAACUACAACACAAAGACCAGGAGCUCAAAGACAUCGUUGCCAUCAAGGACAACAGGAUAAAGGAGCUUGAGGACAAGCUGAAAAGCAUGGAGACCAACCUGAAAAAGGAGAAAGAUGACCACAUUAAGAAACAUGAAGAUGUGGUCUUGGCUCUGAAAAAUCGUGAUGCUCAGCUGGAGGUUCAGCAUCAGGCUCACUUAGAGCAGCUGCACAAGUCUGAGAAAAAGAUCAUCAAACUACAGAAAAAUAUAGAUGUUUUGACAGCACAGGCACGUGUCUUAGAGGAAGACCAGCAGAAGGUCAUGGAGCAGAAAGAUAAGACAAUCCAGAGGCUUCACAUGGAAGUAGCAGCAGCCCGGACCAACUGGGACCAGUACAUCAAACAGGUCUCCAGUGAGAUGGUUGUAAAAGAUACAGAAAUUAUCACCAUGCAGGAGAGAGAAACUAAACUCAGAACUGAGCUGGAGAACAGCAGGGAACAGAUCGAGAGGUACAAGCAGCAAGUGAGCACUGGUUUGAAGAGAGAGAGAACCUUAGAACAGAUUGGAGUCCAAGCGGAGCUUGAAUGGCAGAGACGCUAUGAGGACAUCAAGGCUGAACACUACCUUGCUAAUGAGCAGUUAAUACAAGACCUGACUGAGGCCGGAGACCAGGCUAAAGCAGAGCUGAAAGAGAAACAACAAGAACUGCAGGACUUGAAUGCCCUACUACAUUCUGUUAGAAUGGAGAGAGAUCAUGCAGUACAGGGUCUUACACCAAAAGUAGACUCUCUAGCAUCAGAGGAGAUUAAUCGUCUGCAGGUGCAGAACAGCACCCUGCGUGCUGUGGUUACCCAAAUGAGAAAGGACAUGGAAGGUCUCAGUCAGCUCCUACCCAGGCCCCAACCUGAACCACAGGCCUCUCCUCCUCAACCGGUUCACUACCCAGGAUCCUCGGCUGUCACCUCCAACACACUUUCAGCUAACACACAGGUGGCCACUGGACUGCUGGCCCAAACCGAUGCCAUCUUCUCCAAAGUUGGUCCAGCAGGUGCCAAUAACCCUGCUUUGAUAAAGCAGGUCAGAGUGACACAUGUGGAGUCUGCGCCCACUGACACCAUACAACAGAGUGCACCAGUGCAACAAUUCCAAGAAGAGAACAAGCAUUUGCAGCUGCAGGCCUUAGGUCUGAUCUCUGGUGGUUUGUUGGAAAAAGUCCAUUGUGCUAAAAGCAACCCUUCUCUCCUACGUGCCAGACUGAAGCAGGCAGCGUCCUGUAUUGCCCGUUUGAGUAGAGACAAACAGCAGCUAAUAGAGAUGGGCAACCGCCUUCGUGCCCAGAUUACCACUGUUGGACCAAUGGAACCAGUGGAGCCAGAGAGGGACACCUCCACAGAGAAACAAGGAGACCAACAUGACCGGCUGUCUGUUCUGGAGCAGCUACAGUAUCAGCUCACCACACAGGAGUUGCAGUACGCUCUGAAGCAGAGGGCUGGCACUGCUGCUCAACAGCUCCUCCCAGAACCCCACAGCCAAGGUCCUCUCACAAAAGAGCCUGCCAGCGCUAACCGGGGCCACAAAACCACACACAGGUCUGAGAGCUCAAUAAACAAAGAGAGCUCUUCUCCACUCAGCCAGCCACACCCACACUCAGGUCUUUCAUCAGAGGAAUCACUGCAGUCAUUAGAGGAGCUGUGGGAGAUGCUGGACCGUGGACUCAGUCUGUCUAUUUUCUCUGAAGGUGAAGGAGAGCUGAGCAGAAAGGAGAUACAUGAGUCUGGUGGUUCUGGAGUCCAGAAGAUGUUGCAUUCUAGUGGUGUGAUUCAUAUUCAGCCCCCAAGUGAAGCCCAGCCAAGGAGGAACCUCUCCAAAACAUCAUCAAAUACUACCAAGACCAGCAGACCUGGACCCCCUAGCAGGAUCAACAAGAUAAGAAACUACAAUGUUAAAGACUGACGCACACGAGACAUCUGUCAUUGAUAUGUGUAUCCCAUGCCUCUCUGUGACAGCAGUUUUAUGAAUUCUUCUGACUCUACAGGAGCUUUUACAAGUCUGAGAAAAUAACCCAGGAUGCCGCUGAUUUUGUCUCAUCCCAACAUCCAUGACAGAAAGUCUGCAUUCCACACUAGGAACAAUGCAUUUCAAUGGAGAAGUUGUAUGAAAAGAUGACCAAAUUCCAUUAUUGUAAGAGUAGGAUACAUUUUUUCUUUUAUUGUAAUUGAGCUAAAAUUCAGGAUAUGUCAGUCUCUGUCGCUUUGAUUUGUCUCUACUGAGUCCCCUAACUUUAUGUAAGUUGGAUAUGGGACACAGGCAGUAUGUGUACACUUUAUUAUUAUUAUUAUUAUUAUUAUUAUUAUUAUUAUUAUUAUUAUUAUUAUUAUUAUUAUUAUUAUUACUUUAUUUCAAAUACAUUAUGAUGGCCUCAGCUGCUACAGCAAUCAAAACAUUUCCAUGUACCCCUACAAUUUAGUUAUUUAAUAAAGCAUGCAUUUUUGGGGAAUUUUGUCAGUGCUUACAUUGUGUUAUUUUCAGGUUGUACUAAUGUAUUUGUCAGUUUCUUCAAUACCAUUCUGCUGGUUUGUGCAAAGGCUGGCCCUGUAAGUAAAAUAUUAGACUGAAGUAGUGUUAAAUACUUUUACUUGGACUGUACUGUAGGCCUGCUAAAGAAGGAGGUCUGCUUUUUCCUAUUAAAUAUGAAAAUAUAAGUCCUAACCCUAGAUUAUCCAUCCAUUAUCCAUACACCACUUAAUCUUCAUUCGGGUCGCGGGGAGGAUGGAAUUUGUCCCAGCUGGCUUAGGGUGAAGACAUGAGACAUCUGGACAGGUCACCAGUGUAUCACAGGGCUACACAUAGAGCCAAACAAGCACACUCACACCUACGGACAAUUUAGAAUCACUUAAUAACCUCAGCAUGUUUUUGGACUGUGGGAGGAAGCCCUCACUGCACAGGGAGAACAUGCAAACUCCAUGCAGAAAGAUCCCAGGCUUGGACUCGAUCUUUUAGCUGCAAGGUGACACUGUUAACCACUGGGCAACCAUGCAGCCCACCUUAGAUUAUGCAAACCAAAUUUUGAAAAUUUCAAAAACUUCACCUUAAUUGCUAUAGCCACCCUGGGGUCACUUUAUUUGCUUGGGUAGUGGGUGCAUAGUUGGUGUUUUCUGUUUUUUUUUUUGUUUUUGUUUUUUUUUUUAACGGUUUUUGGGACAUGAACACUAGAAAGAAGAAUGACAAGAAUUUCAAUAGGUUUCAGCAGCUUUCUGCUUAAAUCCCUAAAAAAAGUGAUCAUUAACUUGAGGUCCCACUAAUACAAACAGAAAUCCCCAAUAUUUAGAAAAGAAAUAGUUAGAAAUAUUAUAUGGGUUUGUGUGCAAAACGCCUUCUUUUUAAAUGUUAAAAUGAAGCCUCAGAAAUCAGAUGAUAUUCUUGAUAUAGAAAGCUAGACACACUGUGACAUGGGUAAUGAAAUAAAUUCAUUUGAAUCAAAAUGGGCUGUAAAAUAUUAUUAUAUUCAACAUGUGCUAUACAAUACAUUUCUAAAAAAAAAUAUGUGUAAGCAAGCUAUAUUCUACUAAUUUUAGACUUUCUGUGCAAUAAUCUCCUCUUCAGUGCAGGUCCACAGAUAAUUUCAGCCAGGAGAACUCCCCUGUGUGAUCUCUGUGUGCUUUUACAGCCUGUUAUCACGGCGCUGCUACUGUAGGUCAGUCUGGAAUCAUUUAGUCUGACCUACAGUAGCAGGGCUGCACUCUAACUUUAGUGUGCUUUCUCAGAGAAUCAUGCCAUUUGAAACGGUGAACUCCAGUAACCCAUGAAGUCACACGUGCAAUCCGAGCGACGUCACCACCGAGCCCCGCCUUUUAAUCACCCUAUCCCCCAGCAGCGCCCACCUCUCUGCUGUGAUUGGAUGAAACCUCUCAAUCGGCCCUCUGUGAUUGGUCACUUCGCACGUCGUUUAGAAUACUUCAUUGUUUGCACACACAUGUGCCUCCGCUGUCUGUGCCUUCACGUUCAAUAUAAAGUUAUGCAAUGUUAGAUUUCACUUGAACCUGCUAAAAAUCCACCGACUGCUCUUUAGGUAGAAGGAGUAAAAGGUCGAGGAGGUUUUGUGUGUGUAGUAGAGCUGAAAUGUUUCAAACUUCACAGUAAUCACCAGUUGGAGUUUUACAUUUCCAACUGCAUUGGAUGCUCCAGAAAGAGUUCAAAUAUUAAAUACUAUUCAUUUCCUCGAUUGAUUGAAGAGUUCUGGAGCCAGUAAAGUGUCAAAAAAUGGUGAAAAAUGUCAAAGAAUGUUUCCUGAAGCCCAUGGUGACAAAUGUUCACAAGAGAGGAGCAAAGAAACGAUUAAAAAAGGUAACAUUUAAGCAGCUAUAAUGACAGAACUUUCUCUUUAAUAUUUGAGAACUAGUGAUGCAGCUCUGCUUUUACACAUCCAGACACUGGAUGAAUGAAUUUAUGCAGCUGAAGAGUCAAACAUAGGGAGCAGGAAGUGUGUUUCUUCUUAUUUUUAAGGUGCAUCUUGAUGUGAUUU